UAAAAACCACUUAGCUACAGCCAACCGCCCAAUGCAGCACUGGCUCGCUCCCCCCGCCAGCGGAAGCGCCCGCGGAGCACAAUGCAGCACUGAGGCAGCGCCGCGGUGGAGGCUGCAGAGCGGCGGCCGCCGCAGCACCCGCCGGGGCUAACAGGGGCGGCCGAGGACAGCCGGGGCGGGGUGGCGCGGGGCGAGAAAGACGGACCCUGCUGCCGGGGCAUGAGAAGCUGAGCGUCUGGAACUAGGCGGGCUGACGGCAGCACCAUGCAGGCGGCGGCGGCGUUCGUGCCUUUCUUGCUGCUCUGCGCCCUGGGGACCUGCCCCCUGGCGCGCUGCGGGCAAGCAGGAGAAGCCUCGUUGACUGAGCUGGAUAGAAGGAACGAAAAUCGUUUCCUAGAGCGCCAGAGCAUCGUGCCACUCCGGCUCAUCUACCGCUCAAGCGGCGAAGACGAAACCUGGCACGACGCUCUCAACACGAGGGUGCGGGGUGACCCUGGCGGCAGGCAGUUGACUCACGUUGACCAGGCAAGCUUCCAGGUUGAUGCCUUUGGAACUUCCUUUAUUCUUGAUGUCAUGCUGAACCAUGAUUUGCUGUCUUCUGAAUACAUAGAAAGACACAUUGAACAUGGAGGGAAGACUAUAGAAGUUAAAGGAGGAGAACACUGUUACUACCAGGGCCAUAUCCGAGGAAAUUCUGCCUCAUUUGUGGCACUGUCAACAUGCCAUGGACUUCAUGGGAUGUUCUGUGAUGGAAACCACACCUAUCUUAUUGAGCCAGAAGAAAAUGAUACCUCCCAAGAGGAUUUCCGUUUUCAUUCGGUUUACAAAUCCAGACUGUUCGAAUUUCCCUUGGAUGAUCUUCCAUCUGAAUUCCAACAUGUAAACAUCACUCCUCCAAAAUUUAUUUUGAAGCCAAGAUCAAAUAGGAGUAGACGGCAGCUUCGGAGACAUCCACGCAAUGUUGAGGAGGAAACCAAAUACAUUGAACUAAUGAUUGUGAAUGAUCAUCUCAUGUUUAAAAAACAUCGGCUUUCAGUUGUACAUACCAAUACGUAUGCAAAAUCUGUGGUGAACAUGGCAGAUUUGAUAUAUAAAGACCAACUUAAGACAAGGAUAGUAUUGGUUGCCAUGGAAACCUGGGCGGCUGACAACAAGUUUGCCAUAUCUGAAAAUCCAUUGAUCACCCUACGUGAGUUUAUGAAAUACAGGAGGGAUUUUAUCAAAGAGAAAAGUGAUGCAGUUCACCUUUUUUCGGGAAGUCAAUUUGAGAGUAGCCGGAGCGGGGCAGCUUAUAUUGGUGGGAUUUGCUCGUUGCUGAAAGGAGGAGGCGUGAAUGAAUUUGGGAAAACUGAUUUAAUGGCAGUUACACUUGCACAAUCACUAGCCCAUAAUGUGGGUAUUAUCUCAGACAAAAGGAAGUUAGCAAGUGGUGAGUGUAAAUGUGAGGAUACGUGGUCUGGAUGCAUAAUGGGAGACACAGGCUAUUAUCUUCCUAAAAAGUUUACCCAGUGUAACAUUGAAGAAUAUCAUGAAUUCCUCAAUAGUGGAGGUGGUGCUUGUCUUUUCAACAAACCUUCUAAGCUUCUCGAUCCUCCUGAGUGUGGCAAUGGCUUCAUUGAAACAGGAGAGGAGUGUGAUUGUGGGACCCCAGCAGAAUGUGUCCUUGAAGGAGCAGAGUGUUGUAAGAAAUGCACCUUGACUCAAGACUCUCAAUGCAGUGAUGGUCUGUGUUGUAAAAAGUGCAAGUUUCAGCCUAUGGGGACUGUGUGCCGAGAAGCAGUAAAUGACUGUGAUAUUAGUGAAACAUGCUCAGGAAAUUCAAGCCAGUGUGCCCCAAAUAUUCAUAAAAUGGAUGGAUAUUCAUGUGAUAGUGUUCAGGGAAUUUGCUUUGGAGGACGGUGUAAAACCAGGGAUAGACAAUGCAAAUACAUCUGGGGGCAAAAGGUGAUGGAAUCAGACAAAUACUGCUAUGAGAAACUGAAUAUUGAAGGGACAGAGAAGGGUAACUGUGGGAAAGACAAAGACACGUGGAUACAGUGCAACAAACGGGAUGUGCUUUGUGGUUAUCUUUUGUGUACCAAUAUUGGUAAUAUCCCAAGGCUUGGAGAACUGGAUGGUGAAAUCACAUCUACUUUGGUUGUGCAACAAGGACGAACAUUGAAUUGUAGUGGUGGGCAUGUUAAGCUUGAAGAAGAUGUAGAUCUUGGCUAUGUGGAAGAUGGGACACCUUGUGGUCCCCAAAUGAUGUGCCUAGAACACAGGUGUCUUCCAAUGGCUUCCUUUAACUUUAGUACUUGCUUAAGCAAUAAAGAAGGCACUGUUUGUUCAGGAAAUGGAGUUUGCAGUAAUGAACUGAAGUGUGUAUGUAACAGGCACUGGAUAGGUGCAGACUGCAGUACUUACUUCCCCUUAGAUGACAUGAAGACUGGUGGAAUAACUCUGACUGGCAACGGUGUUGCUGGUACUAAUAUCAUAAUAGGCAUAAUUGCUGGCACCAUUUUAGUGCUGGCCCUCAUAUUAGGAAUAACUGCGUGGGGUUACAAAAACUAUCGCGAACAGAGACAGUUACCCCAGGGAGAUUAUGUAAAAAAGCCUGGAGAUGGCGACUCUUUUUAUAGCGACAUUCCUCCUGGAGUCAGCACAAACUCAGCAUCUAGUUCUAAGAAGAGGUCUGCUUUUCUGUCGCAUUUUCAGAUUUCUACCUGUUCCAUCACACAUUAUUCCAUUAGUCAGAACAUUUCAUUAUUUUGCAGCAGGUCAAAUGGACUAUCUCAUUCUUGGAGUGAAAGGAUUCCAGACACAAAACAUAUUUCUGACAUCUGUGAAAAUGGACGACCUCGAAGUAACUCUUGGCAAGGUAACCUGGGAGGCAACAGAAAGAAAAUCAGAGGCAAAAGAUUUAGACCUCGGUCUAAUUCAACUGAGAGGGAGCCCCAAGCACCUGAGCCUGGGCACUCCCUCGCCCAGACUGUCCCAUCCCAAGGCAUAAGCCCAGGGGGCUCUGACAGCCCCCAGACAGGGAGUCUGGAUCACAGGUAUUUAAAUCCAUGGUUCAAAAGAGACUAUAAUGUAGCUAAGUGGGUAGAAGAUGUGAAUAAAAACACUGAAGGACCAUACUUUAGCUUCCAAGAUGGCCAACGUCAGGAAGACAGGACUUUAUCUCCUGCCAAAUCUCCUUCCUCAUCCACUGGGUCUAUUGCCUCCAGCAGAAAGUACCCUUACCCAAUGCCUCCACUUCCCGAUGAGGAGAAGAAAGUGAACCGACAAAGUGCCAGGCUAUGGGAGACAUCCAUUUAAAGAUCAACUGUUUACACGUGAUACAUCGAAACUGUUUACUUCAACUUUUAUAGAAACCCAGCCUCAUGGAGUCACUGCAAAUCUAUCUGCUCUUCAGACAAUAUGAAGACUCUCUGAGAUAUCAAAGAAGAGAGGAAGCCAAGUCUCUCAUCUCAAUACCAUCUUCUUUUUGUCAUUGGCUUAGGAUUUAACUGAACCAUGAAAAGAAUUGCUGAAAUGUUACACUGUAACAUGGAACAAUAAAGGUACUGGUAUGUUAAUGGAUAAUCCGCAUGACAGACAUAUGUAGAACAAUCACUAAAAUUAACACACGACCCAAAUGUAGCCAGUUUCCUAAGGGACAAUAGUGGAUUCAGAACUUGACAUUCUGAAGCACAUCCUCAUUGUAGACAGUAAUGCUAUGUGCAUGAAGCUUCUGUUUGUUUUCCACAUUUAAGGAAACAUCCCAUAUUAGAAACUAGCAUGCAGAGCUAAAGCCCAUAGGAUUUUUCUGCAGGACUUUAAAGCUUUGAGAGGCUAAUAUUCCAUAUGCUAAACCUUAAACAUGUAUUUUGUUUUGUUUUUUUACUUUUCUUAUUUAUAUCAGCAUACAAGGACUCUUGUACAUAUGUAAACAUUUUUAAAAUAAAAAAGCAGCUCUCACACACAAGUGUAUUUUGCCAAAUGCCUAAAAACAAUCAGUCACAAUCAUACUAUCCUCCUCCAUCAAAUGGUCUUUUAACAAUUAUAAUCCAAUGAUGUAAAUAUAGAGGUCAGUGCUGUAAAAGUGUCUCUCCAUAAUUGGUCUUUGUUUUAAAAAAUGUGGUAUCCCUUUAAACUGUACAGUCUGUACAGUCUGGAGGCAGAUUCACUGAGUUUUUAACUGAUCUAGAGAGCAAAAUGCCCAGCAAAAUUUGGCGCCUCCCAAACUGGCUGAGAAGAAGUCUAAUAAUGCAGUGGCUAUCCUGCCUCCAGCCACCCUGCUGCUCUCUGGGAAUCCUCCAGCCUGACCACUUUCUGGGGGUUGCUGUACGUGCUUCAGCAAUGGCUGUAUUUCAGGACCAGAGCACAUUGCUAGUCUCACCCUGAGGCCUGUGAGGCCACAGCAUAUGCUGUGCUGAUUAUACAAGUGUACCAAAGACCCAUGAGACCACAGGCUGCUUGCUGAAGCAUUGGUAGCUUCCAGAUUGCCCGUUAUCUACCCUUUAUGAUCUGCAGUUUUGUUCUUCAGCAAAACUUUCUACCCACCCUUAUCUGGGAGAUGAUCUAUUUUAGUGAAAACAACUUUUCCUCUGUUAUUAAGGAUAAUAAUAAUUAAUGACUCCUGAGUCCCAACAGGUCAUUCCAUACUGACUUUGAAACAAAGUGAUGGAUGGUUCUACUAGCCAGACUGGGGCCUCAAGAAACCUAAAAGGGUUAAGCUAAACCUAAAACCAUGUGUGUGGCAAAUGUGAAUUUAGCUAAACAGCUGACAGAGGGAGAAUAUGGUAUGUUGAACUCUACAUAUUUUUCAUGCAUAGAAAAAUGAAAAUUGGAUGUGGAAGCUGCUUCUUUACACUGAAAGUUUUAUAGCUGUUAUAAUGCAGUCCUGUCAUUCUUACAAAAAGCUUCCUUAAGGAGGCUGUUGUAGUAAGUUCAGAGAUUGAUGGAUCAAAAGACUUGAUAUGAAGAGUACUUCUGAAUUUCCUCAUUUUCUCUUCUUUCUCUUGAGAGGAGUGUAAUCUGUAGACAAGAUUUCAGAAUUAUCUUCUAAAUUUGAUUUCUUCCUGUAGUGAAGAGAUUUUCCUAUAGGAAAAAAAAACUCAUCUCACCUCCAUGUAUAAUCAUCCUGGAUGCCCAACUUAUGGGUUGAGUUAGAAGGGAUUGUUUUAAUGGUCUAUGUAUUUAUGUCUUCUGUAAUGGACCUCUCUCCUGAAAGUCUUUGAAAACCCUUGAAAAGCAGUUUAAUCAUUGAAAACUAUAAAGUAUAAACAGAAUUUUAUAUGACAAGAAGGAAUGUGAUUGUAGGUACUACAACGGAACCAUCAAACAGACUAAGGUUUGGUGAGUGUUGGAUGACAUUGACAGUUACCACACCAUCCAAGCCAACGACAGUAGGGCAGACAGAUUUAAAGAUGUAGCAAAUAAAGUGGCUUUUCACUAACAUCACUUUAAUGUGCACUGAAUGUUUUCUGGUAUUGAGUAUAUAAAGUGUUAAUGCUACAAGUUUUAUUUUGACUAUAAAAGAGUUUCUAGAUUUGAAUGUAUGGUACCUCGUGUAAAUAUGCUUCCUAGUUAUGAUUACACAACCCUACUUUAAAUGAAUCUACAAAUGAUUAGCUACAUAGUCAACAAUCCCCCUUCACCUACUUCUUUCUCAGCCUCUCAAUUAUUUUUAUGUGAAAAUUAUGUGCCUUUUGGAAAACAUGGAUGUUGUAGAGGUGUAUCUUUCAUAGUCAUCCUCGUUGGUAAUAACUUUCAAAUGGAAGUGAAUGAAGUCUUAUUUGGAGAUUAUGAUUUUAUACUAGUUUUAAUUCUGGGUGUCUAACAAUGUUUGAACAUUCAGAGUCAUUUGCAGCAUUCCUUAAUUCAUUUAUAAUCUCAAAGGAUAGUUUCCAAAAGUCCUAUAUAUGUACUUAUACUGGUGUUCUAAAUAUAUUAAAUCUUAAUAUUUCUUAUGCCUUCUCAUCCACUGAGGCAGGGAGAAUAGACCCAUGGCACUAAAUACAAGCACAGCAUUUUAAAAAUAAUUACCUAUUUUGGAAAGGAACUUUGAGUUCAAAUAACAACUUGUAUCAAUCCACAAAUAUUUAUGUUCCACAGUCAGAUAGAGGACUAUUAUCUGAGCAGAGGGAGCAGUGAUUUGUUUUUUUUGUUGUUGUUGUUGUUAUCCCAUUGUAUGCCUUUUUUCCUUUCUGACAUGUUGUGCAUGUAUAAGUUUGACAACCGGCUGUCUGAGAGGUUCCAUUUAUCCACAAUCAUGAUAGUGAAGUAAAAUGAGAUUUAAAGAAACAGUUAAAUUUCUCCAUUAAAGUUGACAAAUGAGGUGACUAACUAGACUAGCUAGUUUCUUGAGUCUAUCCAUUUUCUUUAGACAGGAAGUGGUGUCCGUCUGCAGUAUCCCAGGUACACUGGUCCCCAGUUACCUGUAACUUGUAGGGAGGAGUAAACUGCUCAAACAGUGCAGCACAAUGGAGGUUUUCAAUGUGCUGACUCUGCUAUGUUUCUCUGAGAAACCCAGUGCUAUUCCUUAAACAUUGUUGACUAAUACAGUAAAUUUCGGAUUAAAAUACCAAACAUAAUUUUCAGUUUGAUAUAGGUGCUUUAUUAAGUAACACUACAAUUUAUUCUAUAUUGUUUCCUCUUGUUUAAAAAGGUUUAUAGUGUUUAUACUUAAAGUCAGUCCAGUAUAGAUUUUUGAGUAUAAUAUUGGUAGGUGUUUAUAAGAAGUUGCUAAAAAUAUAAAAUUAGAUAUUCUGUACACUGCCAGUGAAUUAUUUGUUUGAAAUCCAGCACAUGCUUACAUUUUUUUUUUCCUUCAUGGAUUCCCUUGAAGAUCUGCAUAAGUUAAUUCUGACCAUUAGUCCAGAUCUUUGUGACUACAUUUUAUGAUUUUGUUCUUUACUUCUUAUAGUUACCUUGGGCCAGAGGGAAUUGGUAGUUCUAUUCACUGCUUUCAGUGUGUCAAAAGUCAAGUUUAUUUAUUUCAUCCGUUCUUCAUUUCUUGUUGUCAUGCAAUUCUAUUUUUGCCUCAUAUAUUUAGUGCUUUAAAUAGUUCCUUAUGUUAUUCAACAUGAUAAUAAACCCAUAUCCAAAGAAAAGACUUUUAUUUUACUUUAUAUCCUUUAACUUAAAGGAAAUGUAAUUUAUUGGAAGGAUAUCAAGUAACUUGUGGGAGGGGGAAAUGAGGUGUAUAAUGAAUGGAGAGAGCAAAGGAAGAAGCGCAGAUGACCAAGCCUUAGUCUAACAGGGAACCGCUGGCUGCUGCAUGCUGGCCUCUAGGCCGGCACGUUUUAAGUGUCAUCUUACCUGUUGAUAGAGUGACUGGAGUUUUCCAUGAAAUACUCUUGACACCUAUUUGUGGCUCAAUGCCUAUUUUUUUUUUUACAGUCCUAAUUAUCUUUUUCCUUUCAUGUCUAUGUUUUCCUGUUAAUUACUACCCACAUCCCACCCAUUCACUUAAGAAAUGGAAUCAUGAUAAAUUUCUUAUUUUCACUCUACUAACUUAAAGUGUGUAAGAAGCAACCUAUGAAACAGGGCUUGAUUUGGAGCUUAAACUUUUUGUUUUUCCCAUUUGAGCUAUUUUCUGGAUGGAUAAGACGAAAUUGGAUGCUGCAACUUUCCACCAGGAGAGCUAGGACUUCACAGUUUCCCCUAUUUAUCAUACUGUGAAGUGCCCAGCUGGCUCUUGUGAAAAUUUGCUAGAAGCAGCACUGCAUCCACCAAGUGUCAGGUGUGGGGAGUGGAGUGUAGGCACAGUCACACCUGCCAGGCACUGUUGGCUUUUGUUCAUAACACAUGUGCUUUUAAUUCAAGAAGAUCCAUUUCUUCGCUUGCAGAAGCAGAGCAAACAAAGAUGCAGUAAGACCUUAGAAAUCAGGGGAUAUUUCGGUUCUUUUUAUUCCCUGCUUUAAAAAUUCUCAAAAUGGAGCAUCUUCUGGUUCAGAUUAGAAGUAGAAAUAAAACAUUCAAAACAAACCUGCCUGUAUUUUGGCCUUCGUAUUCAGAGCCUGAUAAGGAGUAAGCAUCCUCGCUGUGGGAUUUGUUCCAGGCCCUUCCUACUUCAAAGUAGCUCCCUCUUCAGUGGCUGUCUUCAAGGUAAGUCCUUUCUUUGGUGAAACUGGCACUUGGGAGAACCAUAGGGAUACAGAGUUGGGGUGAAGGGUAAUGGAAUUCUCUUCAGAUUGCUCCUGUUGGCACUUAAUAUGAUUAUGCAACUUUGGAAUCACUAAAAGAUGGCUCUUCAGGGUGUAUUUUGCAAGCCAAGGGAGAAAAAAGCAGUAAGCCCUGGGAGUGUAUAGAGAGUGCCUGACAUGGGCCCCAAAUGGAGAUCACACAAAUUGGUCAAAAGCCAGGUAUGCAGAAGAGCUCCAGAUGGCUGCUUGGAAGUGUGACGGGGAAAGGGGUGCUGGGAGCCUACUUGUGUGCUUUGCUGUUUUUACUGAGUGUUGGCUCUAAAAAGGCUUCAUGGUCUAGGUUCAUGAAGGGCCAGUCACUCUGCCUGAUGUGUCCCUGUGGCAUUGUUGAUAGGCUGUGUAUUAAAUCAUACCAGGAGGUGCUUUAAAGCUGGCAGCAUCAUUUCAUGUUUCUAGGUAUCUUUAAAAUUCAAACCAGGGAAAAUGUGUGUGUGGGGUUUUUUUUGUUUGUUUGUUUAUUUGUUUUAACAAAAAGGCAUACAAUGAUUCUAAGCAAUUUUGUUAAUGUACAUAACAAGGUCGUACAUAAAGUUUUCAAAGAGUUUAUGAAGGGCAUUUUCCUUCAAAUCAAAAAACAAAUACAUACAAUAUUUCUUUAGGGCUUACCCUCUUUUUAAAGCUUCUGAUGUGGAUUUGUUUUGAAGGUCAAACUUUAAAAUAAUGCAAAUAGCCCCCCAAAUCUUUAAAUACUGCGGUGCUACAUUAUACCAGAGAACAAUAUGGAAAGUGCUGAUAUGAAUGAAUACAUUUAUUCAGUAAUAAUAAGUAAUUCUUCCUAAUUAUACAUGUAUAUCACUGCCUGAUUUGAAAUCCCACUUUUCUUUUCUAAUCCAGCACAAAAUCAAACUACGAUUCUACAGCCAGUGUUUUUAAUGGGUAAAAAUGACCCAACACCUUUGUUUUGUAUAGACUUUUUUUUAAUUCUACAAGUAAAAAUGUUUAACAAAAGGUUAUUCAGUAUAAGUAAGCAUAUAUUCCUUUCUUAACUUGUAGGAAGAGAAUUGCCCCUUUAAUCUAGCAUCCCCCAAACACUUAGAAACUGGGCAUUCUACCUAACACAGCAGUUCAUGUCAGUCAUUGUAGGUCUAGUUAGUGUUUUCCACAUCUAUCAUCUCUGAGGGGGUGACAUCUCACCUACAGAUAGCGGAAGGCACUUCAUGGGGAAGUGUUAAUAGCAUGGAUUCACUUUUGGUAAACAGUAAUCAUGUAUGUGUAUAUAUAUUUAGAUUGACAUCAUUUUAACAUUCUCUGCUAUGCUGCACUUCAGGUUCUUAAGCUAUUUUAAAAAUAACUAGGUUUUGGCAAACACCAACUGAAUUGUACAUGGCAACUGCUUUCCUGAGCAACAUGUGAUUUGUUUUAUGGCUGUUCAAGUUAUAAAACUGUUCUUAUAUUGUAGGUAAAUAAUCUUGCUGUUUUUAAAGGUCACUGUAACUUUCUGGCACAAUUUUACUAGUAUUCACAUUUAAGCUGAUAAGAUACCAUGGUUUUCUAUGUUACUCGCAUUGUAACAUGAAUAAAGUGACUUUCAAUAAAAUAUUUGUUAUUUUA